AUGGCAUCUAUCCCACAGCGACACACUUACUAUGGUGGCGAGGCUGUCGGACUGUCGGAUCUCAGAGGAACGGAAGGUUCAAGACACAGGAGGAGACAUGUCACGUUUGGGCCGUAUAUCUUGGGAUCUACGCUGGGAGAAGGAGAAUUUGGCAGAGUGAAGUUGGGAUGGUCGAAACAUGCUUCCAACUCGCCGAAUGAGGUCCCGAAACAGGUGGCGAUUAAACUUGUGAGGCGUGAUACUAUACCUAAGAACUCGGAGAAAGAAAUCAAGAUCUACAGAGAGAUCAACGCGUUGAAGCAUUUGUCGCAUCCAAACAUUGUCAGGCUGGAAGAAGUUCUACAGAACUCGAAGUAUAUCGGGAUUGUGUUGGAAUACGCAUCGGGCGGAGAAUUUUACAAAUACAUCCAGAAGAAAAGGAGACUGAAGGAGGGGGUAGCGUGUCGGUUGUUUGUGCAAUUGGUUAGCGGUGUGCAUUAUAUGCAUGCCAAGGGACUGGUUCAUCGAGAUUUGAAACUGGAGAACCUCUUGCUCGAUAAGCACGAGAAUCUUGUGAUUACCGAUUUUGGAUUCGUCAACGAAUUCUUUGCCCACAACGAACUAAUGAAGACGUCCUGCGGGUCUCCAUGUUAUGCGGCUCCGGAGCUGGUGGUCAGCUCGAAGCCGUACGAAGCCCGUAAGGCAGAUAUAUGGUCAUGUGGGGUGAUACUUUACGCCAUGCUUGCUGGAUACUUGCCUUGGGAUGACGACCCAAAAAACCCAGACGGCAAUGAUAUCGCCAAAUUAUACCAUUACAUUACUCGCACGCCUCUCAAAUUUCCAGAAUAUGUUACUCCUUUGCCAAGGGACUUGCUGAGGAGAAUCCUAUGUCCAGACCCGAAGAAGAGAAUAUCUAUGAGGAACAUCGAGAAACAUGAAUGGGUCAGGCCGCAUCUGCCCUUCUUAUCAAUAACGCCGGAAGAAUGGGAUAGGACAAUGUUGUCAAACCAAGUCUUCAGACCUCCAAAGAUGAAAUCUCAACACUCAUCGAGGCCGCGUUCGAACUGUUCCACCUCAUCCACGGGAUCCAAGAGCGAUAAGAGAGAUUCAUUGGUUAUCGACUCAGCGUUAGUAAAUCUACCGGCACCACCGCAGGAAUCACAAUCUCAUGUUAUCACCAAGCCUUCGCCUCCGUCACCUGAGCUGCGGCGAUCACCAGUAAGAGGCAUGAAUAGGCAUAGUAGAAGUAAUUCUGCUGCAUCUAUUGCAUUGCAGGCAGUUGUCGAUGCUGAGCGAGAGCAUAACAUGCAACAAGAAGUUUACAUCAGCCUGAGCAAGAAGAACCAUCCGCAUAAGAAUCGAAAUACACCAGCAUUCAUCGUACAAAGAUCAAACACACAUUCGGGGACCUCAGGAAACACCUCGUCAUUAAUGAAUAAAGACAGCACCAUUGUAGAGACCAGUCCAGCUAAAGGUCACACGUCCAAAACCGAGCCAAAGAGCAAUGAAUUGCAUACAUUAGCAACAUCAAUCAACAAAGAUUCUCAGAACAUCAGGUCAAAGACGAACCAUACUGCGAACCAAUAUCAUCAUUUUGCCGCUCACCACAGAAAACCUAGACCAACUUCUUACCACCCUGGAUCAAGCGCUUCGGCGGCUGAAACGUCACUGCCUUACCCAUCCAUGCUGGCAAGUGGGGAAGCGCAAAACCAGCCCGCAGCAGGAUCUUCGUUUGACUCGACUCCAUCACUGCAGAUCGAACCAUCAUCAGUGGCACCUUCGGGCAACCAAUCACCCCGGAUGAUAUCCCGUAAAUCGUUUUCUGCCAGCAAGCCUUCGUUGGACCUUCAAAGCGUUUCGGGAGACUUAAUCAAGUCUCAGAAUGACACAGGAGGCCUGACCAAAGGUAUAAAUGACCAGAUGCAAGAAACCGGGAAUGACGAAGCAAGACAUAGUCGUCGCUACAGCGGAGUUGUUGUCGAGAAGACGUGUAGUACAGUGACUGAGGAAGAGGUGAAUAGUAAAGAUGAUCAUACUGAGAUAUCAAAAAGAACUGUAAUGGAAAAGAAACCUGACAAUAGGAAACGAUUCAGUUUUUUGUCCUUUUAUUCUACUUACGAAACUUCCAAAUCCAGUUUAGACACAAACGAAUCAAAGAUAGCGUCGCCGCCGACCACUACGAGGAAACAAUCGUCGUCAAUUAGACAGACAACGACUAGUGAACCUGAGGAGCCCAAGGGUAACAGAUCUGUUGCUUCAAGACGAACCCGGUCAAGCACCAAAAUCUACAGGCAAUCUGUGAUGGUCGCCAACAUACCGGAGAGCGCUCCCGCUGCACAACCACGUCCGCAGAACGACCAAUCCACCGCCAAGAAAGUGGUCGACUUCUUCAAAAGGAGAAGCAUGAGGAUCUAA